GUAGUUCUAUCGAUUAAUUCAUUAAUAAUCAACAACACAAUCAAAGAAAACUUUUGCAGCUGAAGUUAAUCAACGGAAAAGGCGAAAAUAUAUAUUCUGAAUUUGUUAGCAUAUACAUUUUAUAUGCUUAUGUCAGCAUAUACAUUCAAUAUCUUAACAAUCGUGGGCAAGAUUGCAGAAAGUUGAAGAUAAUUUAAGUAUAAGACCUUGAAAAUGGUUUCAGUGUCAGACGCAGCCACAUACAAUUGGAGUGAUUCACGGUUUACGACCAUUGCGAAAGUCCAGAAUUCAUUUGCCACAAUUCAAUGCGCAAUUGAAAACUUUUGAAUCUUUAAAUGAUUUCCAUAGAUGAGUAAGAAAUAUCUCAAUCUGUUAAAAUUUUAGUCUUUAGCAGUGUCGCAACACAAAAUAAAAGUUUAGCAGUCAUGCCCUGCGAAUCAUGUCACGUACAAUUUACGGUGUUCCGCCGUAAACGGAUAUGCGCGGACUGCAAGCGAUUUUACUGCAGUAACUGCUUAUCGACGGCCAAACGUCGGAACAGCAAUAGUAUACAUAUAUCUUCGGGAGUGCAGUUGUGCAGACGAUGUGUUAUUUUCGCUAAGCGUCCUCUCCUCCGCACAGAUUUGUUACAGCUGAAGCCCAAGGAUUUAAUUUUCUAUCUGCAAUCGAAACAUGUCUCAACAACUGGUUGUGUUGAAAAAGAUGAGUUGGUAGGGUUGGUGCUGACGCAUGUGCAACAAAUUGAUGCAGCUGGUGGUACCUCCGACAAUGGUAGUGCACGCAGCUAUACCGACUCAUCAGCCAAUUCGUUCGACAGUUUGAAACAGACGUGCCAAAACUUUUUUACAAGUAUUACUGAAAACAUAAGUGAUUCUCUAAAUUCGUUCGAUAAUAAAAGUUCACCGAAGGGUUCAGGUGAGACAAGGGAACAAACGCGUUCGGAACGCAGUUCAAUUGAUAGUACAACGACUCACAUUUUUGAUCAGCCAAGAGUUUCGACUAGAGAAAUACCGACUUACGCUAGUUUUCAGCAACAAUCUCACAAUAAUCAUAACAACCGUAACAUGCAACAAUCACAAGUACCGACAUCAUCACCAUUACUUACUAUUCCACCAUCAACAGCUACAACAAAUGCAUCAGUCAUAUCACCAACGCUGGUGAGUAGUAGUACCUCUUCUGUAACUACCAAGGGUAGUAGUCAAUCUUCUGUAAGCCCAGAAAUUAGCAUUAGCUCAAUUGAUCGCGGUGAGACAGAAGAGCACCCACUUGCCUCAACCUCAAACAGCCAACGUAUCGGGCUGACUCGUCAGGAAGCCGGUGAAGAAAAUUCCGAUUGUGAAUGUUCCGAUGAUGAACUAAUAGCCACAUUUAGUGGUCUUUCAAUGGCGCGUAAUAACGAAGUGGAGUCAUCAAAAAAAGAUGCUCAUAAAAAUACAGAGACAGAUGAAAAUAUUGGUACAAAAUCCAGAGCCAGUGCUGACGUAAACUGUGCUGAGAUGUCUUCACAAUCGUCAUUUGAAGAAUUGGGAGCAAUUGGAGGUAUUUCAGAUGAGAGCAAGGCAGCCACUGACACCAACAGUAGUAAUAUAGAGCAAUGGCAAAUCCUUGAAACUACAAUGCUGCAAAACUCCGCAAACUCCGUUGCCGAACAAUCUACAUUGUUGGCUAACAAUACCGCUGAUAUCCCAUCGAGCAGUAAUAUUGUUAUAAAUGAAGCUACAACAACGAAUAUGCCAAACGAUUUACAAGUGGCAGUGCCAUUUUUGCAACAGGACCAGGCACAAACUCAUGUACCACUGGUGCCACAACGCGUGAAGAAAGUAACGCGUCGCCGUUCAGAUAGCUACCUUAAUAGACAACGCCAACAGCACGCUAGCGAGGACGAUUCUCCAACUGAUAACUUUGCACAUAAUGCGGAUAUGACGCUGCAUGAACAAGAUGCAGAGUCGGGCAAUAAUGCACUUGAGACUGAAGAUAAAAAAGGUGUCGCUACGAAACGGGUUGGUAGCUGCCAAAGAUGUGGAAAACAUAAGGCAACGUUACGUAAACAAGUAGAAAAGAUGCGUCGUCAUCUGGAAAGUGCUCAACUAUCGGAGGCAGAGAUUAAAAAAGAGCUUCAAGAUUUUCUCAGUUACCUCGAGCAGCGCACUAAGUCGAUGGAGUGUUCAGAUACAGAAACGAUGGGAUCGUCUUUGAGCGGUAGAAAUUUAGCGCAAUCGCCAGAGCAACGGCCAGCCCAUGCACAACAACCCAAUUUUUGGGAAGAGGCUAGCAUGCCUCACUGGGAAUAUCAGCUUGACGACAAUGAGGGAAUUCAUGUAUAUGCAGGUCCCACUUCUGGGGCGAACGACUACAAUGCUCAGCCCACACGUUUUGUAAACCUGGACGACUUCGAAACUAUUGAUGACCUCGAAGCUUUAUCAGUGAAACAAUUAAAAGAGAUUCUAAUGCUAAAUCGAGUUGAUUAUAAAGGUUGUUGCGAGAAGCAAGAACUGCUUGAUCGUGUUCAACGUCUAUGGAAGAACUUCAAAUCGGCGCCAGCUGUCGACAAAUUGCCAACCGAUGAGCUCUGCAAGAUAUGCAUGGACGCACCAAUCGAAUGUGUCAUCCUUGAAUGUGGACACAUGGCCACUUGUACUAAUUGUGGUAAAGUGCUUAGCGAAUGUCCUAUUUGUCGUCAAUACAUAGUGCGUGUGGUGCGCUUCUUUCGUGCGUAAUUGUCUAGCGAUUAAUGCCAAUUGGAAUAAGUGGUUUUAUGAUAGCGUUAAAAAUACUAUCUUUCUACUAUAAUCGCUAGUCUACUAGAUGAUGUUAUGUUAAUUUAAUUGAAUACAUUUUAAGUAGUCUUGGUAAAUUCACUCUACUUAUUGCAGUAAUUUGUAAAUAUUUAAAAUAACAAACAAUAACUUAAAGGAGUACAUUCCAAACCCAUCGGUUCAAGACCCAAGUAACCUCAAAUGUAUGCUCCAAACAAACUAUUCAUAUUCUAAGUCGCUCUGCUUGAUGAAAUAGCUUUUUAAGUAUAAAAAUAUGUUCAGUUGUUCCUUUUAUGUAAUGAAUGUGCUUUUUUUGUUUGUUUAAAUCCUUAUGAAGUUUUACCUAAUUCAAUUAUUCUUACCAUUUUGUAUUUUCUAGUUAAGCUUUUAAAACUUUAAUGUAUCACUCAGUUUUUUUUUACUAAUUUGUUGAGCUAAAGGUGGAAGAUGGAAGUAUCUCCAUCCCAUAAGUGCAGUCCAAAAUGAAAUAUCCGAGUCUUACCAUUAAAUGGCGGUGCACUCGUUGUGAUGUCAAAUACAAUGUACUAAUACUUACCAAUAUCCUAAAUCUGUAUAGAUUUUAGUUAGUAUGUAAAAUGUAGUCAGUGAGCAUCUUGUAAUCAUAACUUUUCUGCAACGUUUAUGUAUAAAUGUACAUAUAUACAUAUAUACGAAUUAUUCGAAAAUGUUAAAGUACAACGUUUUUUGUUCUUGUGUAUUUAAUCUACUAAUUAAACACAUUCCCAAUGGGUCCAGUAUAUGCAAUACAAAUACAGUACCAUGCAAUGCAAUAAAUAUUACUUAAAAGAAAGCGAAAACAAA